AAAAAUUUUUUGAAAGAUAUAAAUAAAAAAUGGCUUCAAACAACGUACAAUCUGCAAUCAGUAACUUUCACAAUAAUUUACUGCAAAUUCUGAAUCAGGAAAAUAAGGAAUUUGUUAAAUCUGUUAAUAAUUUUAGACUUGAAAUUAAUACAACUAAAAACCAAAUAAACACAUUUGUUCAGCAUACUUUUGCAACCGAUGAAGCUGGUUCUUUCACAUUAGCAAAAGAAUUAAAUAAACUGUUGAUAUGUUUAAAGAAUCAAGCAGUUGCAUUGGGCGAUAGCAACAAAAACCAACAACUGGAGCAUUACGAAAAGGCAGUUGAUAAUUACCGCGGAAACGUCAGGCAAAAAAUGAAAAUAUUGUUGGCAAUAGACCACUUCACAAUGAUGCCCUAUCAUGACGUUGAAGCUAAACUAAAUGAACUAGAGAAAGCAAUUGAAAAUUUGAGUAACGAUAUUUCCAUUACAAUAAAUUCAACUGAAAAAGGACAUGAAGCUGUUGAAAAUAAACUGAAUGAAUUGGCAAUUGCUUUAAACAGUACGCAGUCUUUUGAACUAGAAAUGAGGCUAGAAAGAGAGCGUUUAAAAUCACUUCUAAUUAAAACGCGUUGCAAGGAGCAAAUAAGUUUGUUAAGCUGCAGGUAUAUGGAAAAAUUAAAAGAUGAAAUUGCACAUUUAGAAAAAGAAUUUGCUGAUUUAAGAAUUAAUAAUGAUAUAUAA